CGGAUUGGUGUUGACUCAAGGAAUCGAAUUGGAAGAACCGAAAAGGAAGGAGGAGGAGAGAAGAAAAUGAGCAGUGGGGUGGUGUGUGUGACAGGGGCAUCAGGAUACGUAGCUUCAUGGCUUGUGAAGCUUCUUCUCCAACGUGAUUACACUGUCAAGGCCUCUGUUCGAGACCCAAAUGAUCCAAAGAAGACAGAGCAUUUACUUUCCCUUGAUGGAGCAAAAGAGAGACUUCAUUUGUUCAAAGCAAACUUACUGGAAGAAGGUUCCUUUGAUUCUAUAGUGGAAGGUUGUGUUGGUGUUUUUCAUACAGCGUCCCCCUUUUAUCAUGGAGUCACUGAUCCACAGGCAGAAUUGAUAGAUCCUGCUCUGAAGGGAACACUUAAUGUCCUCAGUUCAUGUGCAAAAACCCCUACAGUGAAAAGAGUGGUUGUAACAUCUUCUAUAGCUGCAGUUGUAUACAGUGGAAAACCCCGAACUCCUGAGGUUGUAGUUGAUGAGACUUGGUUUUCAAAUCAAGAUAUUUGCAAGGAGUUGAAGCUCUGGUAUGUGCUUUCAAAGACUUUGGCUGAGGAGGCUGCAUGGAAAUUUGCAAAAGAGAAAGGUAUGGACAUCGUUACAAUAAACCCAGCAAUGGUGAUUGGUCCUCUCUUACAGCCAACACUUAACGCAAGUGCUGCUGCGAUUUUGAACUUAAUAAAUGGAGCACAGAUAUUUCCCAAUUUCACCAUGGGAUGGGUUCAUGUUAAAGAUGUAGCUGAGGCACAUAUUCAAGCAUUUGAGAUUCCUUCAGCCAAUGGAAGAUAUUGUCUGGCUGAGAGAACUGUACACUACUCAGAGAUCGUGAAGAUUCUGAAAGACCUUUUUCCUGACUUCCAGCUUCCAGUGAAGUGUGCAGAUGACCACCCUUUUAUGCCAACCUACCAGAUCUGCAAGGAAAAGGCGAAAAGCUUGGGCAUCGAGUUCAUUCCCUUGGAAGAAAGCCUCAAGGAAACGGUGGAAAGCUUGAAGGAGAAGAAAUUUUUUAGUCCCUAAAUCUCGACUGUUAAGUCUUCCAAAUAAGAAAUGGUGGCCACCCUUAUCGUCCUCUGCCUUUUGUUAUGGUUGAUGUUUCUGAGAUUUGAGAUUAUCAGCUUGUGGAAAUGUUCCUAAAAUGCUCCGAAUUUUCCUUUUGAUACAAAUAUUUUUAAGAUAAUAUAUAGAUAUGAAAUUAAAGACCAAAGUUGUGUGUAUAGAAAAGCAGAGUUAUCAUAACAUGCCUACAUUUGUAUGAUUUAUACUAUCAUAUAACCUGGGUUUCACUGUACU